AUGCGCGUGCGUUUUCUCUCGCCGGUCGCUGCGCUCCGCGGCGCGGAAUAGAAUGAACUGUAACAAAACAAGCCGAGCCUUUGUAUCUGCUUAAAGGGGCCGCAGGCACUUCCCUCCUGUUACCCCCACCCCCGCUCCGCUACCGCGUCUCCAGGGCUCCCAGCAACUGGCUGGAAGGGCUUCCCUCACCCUCAGGAACAGCCCGCCAGCGGAGAGGCGAGCCAGGCGGGAGCUAAAGAGGAGAUUCCGCAUUUCUAAGAGGCAAGAAAGAAAGGAAGGAAGGAAAAAAAACACAACAAACCACCAAAACCCAAGCGGCGCAGAGUGGACUCUGGUCCGGGAGAGCACGGUCGGGCGCUGGAACGUGGACCCAGAAGCACCGGAAUGCAAACAAAGCUCGUGGGCGCCAGUGCAGGGCUCGCGGGGAAGCCCAGAAAGUUUGUUUUAUGAUGGCUUGAGUGCGCGAGUGUGUGCAGGGGAGUGAGGCUACCAAGUUUCUCUCUCCCGUGGCGUUAUUUUUGGGAAGAUGUCUCUCCCAUGAACCAGCGGGGACUGGGGGCUUGUGCUGAGGGGGGCACCUGUCUCAUUUUAUUUAUUUUUUUUGGGGGUAGGAGUGGUGUAACUCGUCAUGUCGAAAGUGAUCCAGAAGAAGAACCACUGGACUAGCAAGGUUCACGAAUGCACCGUGAAGCGGGGACCCCAGGGCGAGCUGGAGGUGACGGUGCUGGGGGGCGCGGAGAACGGGGAGUUUCCUUAUGUCGGAGCCGUGGCAACGGCCGAGGCGACGGGGCUUCCCGGCGGCGGCGAGGGCCCUAGGCUGGGCGAGGGGGAGCUGCUUCUGGAGGUGCAGGGGAUCCGGGUGUCGGGCUUGCCCCGCUAUGACGUGCUGGGAGUCAUCGACAGCUGCAAGGAGGCCGUCACCUUCAAAGCCGUCAGACAAGGAGGAAAGCUUACCAAGGACCUGCGACAUUUUCUCAGUCAGCGGUUCCAGAAAGGGUCUCCAGAUCAUGAGCUCCAGCAGACCAUAAGGGAUAACCUUUACCGCCAUGCUGUGCCUUGCACAACCCGAUCUCCGAGAGAAGGAGAAGUGCCCGGCGUGGACUAUAACUUUCUGAGUGUCAAGGAGUUCUUGGACCUCGAGCGGAGCGGGACUCUUCUGGAAGUCGGCACCUAUGAAGGAAACUAUUAUGGGACACCCAAACCUCCUAGCCAGCCAGUCAGUGGGAAAGUGAUCACAACGGAAGCCUUGCAAAGCCUGCAGUCUGGCUCCAAGCAGGCGACCCCGAAGAGAAGCAAGUCCUACAAUGAUAUGCAAAAUGCUGGCAUAGUCCAUGCGGAGAAUGAGGAGGAUGAUGACGUUCCUGAAAUGAACAGUAGCUUUACAGCAGCCGAUUCUGGUGACCAAGAAGAGCACACUCUCCAAGAGACAGCACUACCGCCUGGGAAUAGUAGCAUCACCGCUGCUCCCAUCACGGACCCUUCUCAGAAGUUCCCUCAGUACCUACCUCUUUCUGCAGAGGAUAAUUUAGGUCCUCUACCUGAAAACUGGGAGAUGGCCUAUACCGAAAAUGGAGAAGUCUAUUUUAUAGACCAUAACACAAAAACAACAUCCUGGUUAGACCCUCGGUGCCUGAACAAGCAGCAGAAGCCUCUGGAAGAGUGUGAAGAUGAUGAAGGUGUCCACACGGAGGAGCUGGACAGUGAACUAGAACUGCCUGCUGGUUGGGAAAAGAUUGAAGACCCUGUCUAUGGUGUCUACUAUGUAGACCACAUCAACAGGAAGACACAGUAUGAGAACCCAGUUCUAGAAGCCAAACGGAAGAAGCAGCUUGAGCAGCAGCAGCAGCAGCAGCAGCAGCAGCAGCAGCAGCCACAGCCCCAGCAGCCAGAAGAGUGGACAGAAGACCAUUCGUCGCUUGUGCCUCCUGUUAUGCCAGACCGCCCCGCAAGCCACCCAGAGCCGGCCAGAGAAGCUCCACUUCAGGGCAAACCCUUUUUUACACGAAACCCUUCUGAGUUGAAAGGCAAGUUUAUUCAUACAAAGCUGCGGAAAAGCAGUCGUGGCUUUGGCUUCACAGUCGUUGGAGGGGAUGAACCUGACGAGUUUCUCCAGAUCAAGAGCUUGGUCCUAGACGGUCCUGCUGCAUUGGACGGCAAGAUGGAAACAGGAGAUGUAAUUGUCAGUGUGAACGACACCUGUGUUUUGGGACACACACAUGCGCAAGUUGUGAAAAUCUUCCAGUCCAUUCCCAUUGGUGCCAGCGUGGACCUUGAACUCUGCCGAGGUUAUCCACUGCCUUUUGACCCAGAUGACCCCAAUACGAGUUUGGUGACCUCGGUGGCCAUUUUGGAUAAAGAACCCAUUAUCGUGAAUGGGCAAGAGACCUAUGAUUCACCAGCUAGUCACAGUAGUAAAACAGGCAAAGUCAAUGGCAUGAAGGACGCCAGGCCAAGCAGCCCUGCUGAUGUGGCUUCAAACGGUUCCCAUGGUUACCCCAAUGAUACUGUCUCUUUGGCUUCUUCCAUAGCCACUCAGCCGGAACUCAUAACUGUUCAUAUAGUCAAAGGGCCAAUGGGAUUUGGUUUUACUAUUGCGGACAGUCCUGGUGGUGGCGGCCAAAGAGUGAAACAGAUUGUUGACAGUCCAAGGUGCCGAGGCCUGAAAGAAGGAGAUCUCAUAGUGGAAGUGAAUAAGAAGAACGUGCAGGCUCUGACUCACAACCAGGUCGUGGAUAUGCUGAUCGAAUGUCCAAAGGGAAGUGAGGUCACAUUGCUGGUGCAGCGAGGAGGGCUGCCGGUUCCCAAGAAGAGCCCAAAGUCGCAACCACUGGAGAGAAAAGACAGCCAGAAUAGUUCUCAGCACAGUGUUUCCAGCCGCCGAAGCCUGCACACGGCAUCCCCAAGCCACAGCACACAGGUGCUCCCCGAGUACCCACCUGCAGAGGCCCCAGCUCCAGAACAGACCGACAGCUCUGGGCAGAAAAAACCAGAUCCUUUUAAAAUCUGGGCCCAGUCCAGGAGCAUGUAUGAAAACCGACCUAUGUCACCUUCGCCUGCAUCGGGAUUGAGCAAGGGUGAAAGAGAGAGAGAAAUCAAUUCCACGAAUUUUGGAGAAUGUCAGAUUCCAGAUUACCAAGAACAGGACAUCUUCCUCUGGAGGAAAGAGACUGGAUUUGGAUUUAGGAUUCUGGGUGGAAAUGAACCAGGGGAACCUAUUUAUAUCGGUCACAUCGUACCGCUGGGGGCUGCUGAUACGGACGGCCGCCUGAGGUCUGGGGACGAAUUAAUCUGUGUGGAUGGGACACCAGUGAUUGGAAAAUCACACCAGCUUGUGGUCCAGCUUAUGCAACAAGCCGCCAAGCAAGGCCAUGUCAACCUCACCGUGCGGCGUAAAGUGGUAUUUUCGGCCCCCAAAACAGAGAACGAGGUGCCCUCGCCGGCCUCGUCUCAUCACAGCAGCACGCAGCCGGCCUCCCUGACGGAGGAGAAGCGCACCCCGCAGGGCAGCCAGAACUCGCUGAACACCGUGAGCUCGGGCAGCGGCAGCACCAGCGGCAUCGGCAGCGGCGGCGGCGGCGGCAGCGGCCUGGGGAGCGCGGCGGCGCAGCCCUACGACGUGGACAUCCGGCGCGGGGACAGCGAGGGCUUCGGCUUCGUCAUCGUGUCGUCGGUGAGCAGGCCCGAAGCAGGCACGACUUUCGCAGGCAAUGCAUGUGUGGCUAUGCCUCACAAAAUAGGUCGGAUUAUUGAGGGGAGCCCUGCUGACCGAUGUGGCAAGCUGAAAGUAGGAGACCGGAUCUUGGCAGUAAAUGGAUGUUCCAUCACCAACAAGUCCCAUUCAGACAUUGUCAACCUAAUCAAGGAAGCGGGAAACACAGUUACCCUCCGCAUCAUUCCCGGGGAUGAGUCUUCGAAUGCCACUUUGCUGACCAAUGCAGAGAAGAUCGCCACCAUCACCACCACACACACCCCUGCUCAGCAAGGGGCCCAGGAGACCAGGAAUUCCACCAAACCAAAGCCGGAAUCUCAGUUUGAGUUCAAAGCACCCCAGGCAACACAGGAGCAAGAUUUUUACACUGUGGAACUGGAAAGAGGAGCCAAGGGAUUUGGCUUUAGUCUUCGAGGAGGCCGAGAGUAUAACAUGGACCUCUAUGUCCUGCGCUUAGCAGAGGAUGGUCCGGCAGAAAGAUGUGGAAAGAUGAGGAUUGGUGAUGAAAUUUUAGAGAUCAAUGGUGAAACCACCAAAAACAUGAAGCAUUCUCGGGCUAUAGAACUGAUUAAGAAUGGUGGCCGCAGAGUGCGUCUUUUUCUGAAGCGGGGAGACGGCUCAGUACCAGAAUAUGCGAUGAUACCUCCUAAUAUCGCUGCAUGUAUGAGAAAUGAAAAGCUCGGGGAGGCUUGCUUCUACCUUAUGGGCCAUAAUCAAACUACGACCCCAGCAGCGACCGCAACGGCCCCUGCGCCGGCGCACAAGGUGUUCCGGAAGUGAGGGCGGGGCCAGCCGACCGCCGACAGCUCCCGUCGCUGGAGUCCAGUUACCCACCCGACCUUCACAAACCAUCACCACACGGGGAGAAGCGGGCACACGCGAAAGAGUCCAAAGGCAGCAGGGAGUAUAGCAGACAAGCCAGUGAGCAUCACACCUGGAACGGAACUUCUAGAAAAGCCGACAGCGGGGCUUGCCGACCCAAGGACCGGGCGCCGGACGGACGCAGAGAAGCACCCGCCGAGCGGAUGGUGACCAACGGCCCCAAGAGGAGGUCUCCCGAGAAGCGGAGGGAAGGCACCCGCAGCGCGGACACCACUUUGGAGAGGAGGGAGAAGCAGGAGAAGAAGAGAGAAGUGUCUCCUGAGAGGCGGCGAGAGCGCUCACCGACCCGCCGGCGCGACAGCUCCCCCAGCCGUCGGAGGAGGUCCCUGGAGCGACUCCUGGAUCAGAGAAGGUCUCCGGAGCGGAGGAGAGGGAGCUCGCCCGAAAGGAGAGCAAAGUCGACCGACCGGAGGCGAGCCAGGUCCCCCGAGCGGAGGAGAGAGCGGUCACUGGAGAAAAGGAACAGAGAGGACAAAGUCGGCCCCCGAGAAAGGGAAGAGACAAGUGUGAAGCAGGAUGGCGGCAGAAGUUCCAGACAUCCCCCGGAGCAGAGGAGGCGACCUUACAAAGAGUGUAGCACGGACCUCAGUAUCUGAGCUCGGAGUCACAUUCCAACCUUUACCGUGUCAAAGGUUCUAAGGGGAAGGUCACAAACCUGAAAUAAUUUAGUUUCUUACUUAGAUGAAGCAUCUGACACCUGAUGAUCCUAUAAAUAGCAACAAACAUUUUAUGCAUUUGAAAUCUUAUAAGAGAAAAAUAUAUAUGAAAAGUGUUGUGCCUGAUGUAUAAUAUUAAAAAAAAAAAGUAUUUUUAAAUGCAUACUUUUUUGGAAAUUAUUUGCCAAAUGCUGCCCCAAAGGGUUAUAAAUUUUGUUUCUACGUAAACUGUAGAAUUGUCAAGAAUUGUUCCCCUUUUUUGGGCAAUCUUUUUCUCUCCUGGUUAAAUAGGGCUGUUGAUCAUUUUCUCUUAAGUAAGGGAAAUUAUUGAUUAGGUUUAAUUUGAUACAAACUGUUAUGUAAUGAUGUAGUGCUAUACUGUAGUUAGGAGUUUUUCUUAAAAAAAAAAGGCAAAAGUUAUAUUUGUAAAAGCUGAGGACUCUUUGGGAUGGGUUAGGAUUGCUGCUGAUCCUAAAAUCAAGCAAACUAUAUGAAGAGACUACUAUUGCAGAUGAAGGAUAUUUAUAGCUAACCUACACAAUACAAAGAAAUGUUACGUUCUCAAGUCAUAGUUGGUUCAGAAAACAGUUGGCAUUCUCCCUGGCCACAGAAAGGCACAGAGAGGAGGAGGUUGGCGGCCAUUACCCUAAUGCAGCCCAAGCACCGAUGGUCAGGUUUAUUAGCAUUACCGACACCUAAUAAGAUCUCAUUAAGGCAGUUCCAUCACAGCUUUGCUCAACUACUGGAAGGAGUGGACAACCAACACCUUCUGUGUUGUCUGAUUUGAGGCUGAAUAGUAGAUGGGGAGUGGGAGACGACGUGCCCGGUGUGAAGGAGCCAUAAAAAUCCCCAAUAUAGAAAAUAUGUUCCUCUGUUUUAGCAUAAGCCCAGGAUUGCCCUUUGCAAAAUUGGGGGGGAGGGAAUGGGGUUGGUGGAAGUUACCUGUCUGUUGAUAUUUAAAGAAGUGAGAGGGUUGGAGGUGCUUAUUCUGAGAAACGUCGAUUUCCCUUUGAAACCCUAGUAGUCUUCAGGAUGAUUGAAGGGGAAAGAAGGAUUCUAGAUCUAGUUGGCAAACUUACACCCUGGUGACCCUGUCCCUUGAAUUUUUGGACAGCAGAACAAAACGAUUUUUCUUUAAACAAAAACAUUCUUUUGCUAUUCCACAGCAGGUGUGGUUGGGUCGGCUAUAGCCCCAAGAUGUGGUUGAAAUGGAUUACUGCCUAGCUGAGCCAAAAUGUUUGCUUGUACCUGUUGGACCACGACAGCAAACUGCUGCUUACAAUGCAUUGUAGAUUUCCGUAGUAAUGUUGUGCAUUUUCCAUACAGACACAAAACUUCGAAAGUCAAUCACUGUUGUUCUCAUGGUACUGUUAAAAAAAAAAAAAAAUAGAAAACCAGCCGAUCAUUGUGUGUACAGAGUUAAAAAUUGUAAUUAAUAGAGCCUGUUUAAAGAAAACAAAAAAACAAAAAGCUGUUGCCUUUUUUUCUUGUAUAAAAGAGAAUUUAUGACAAAAAAAUUUAGCAGUGAGGAAUGUGAUACGUGUUUAUAUUUCUGAAUAUGGAACAAAUUGAUUCAUUUGGAUAUAUUUUAAUGUAAACUAAAUCAGGUAUGUAAAGCUGUUUUAAAAUGGGAGGCUAUAUAAGUAACUCUCUAAAGCUUUAGUUGGUUUGAAUAUCAUCAUUUCCUCCAUGGUGAGCCUGCUUGUGAUUUAUUAAGCACUUGUUUGCAUUCUGUUCUUCACUCAUUUCUUGCAGUGUGCUAUGGACAUAAUGCUGUUUCUGUAUCGAUGAAAAGCAGUAUGUGGGCCAAUCUUUUUAUAAAACACUAUGCAUAUAUAAAUAUUACAUUGUUCAUAGCUUUAUUUGACUUAUGGGUUUAUACACAACAUUAGAAUGAGUAGCUAUAGUUGUGUGGACAUUCAAAACACAAGUUCCUUUCGUGGAAUAGACACAAUGAACAUUCAAUAGCUAAAGAGAGGGGGAAAGUCUGACUGCUAUUUUUCUUAUCGAAGUUUUUCAUACAAAGCAUACAUUAAGCUGUAGUAGUAAUGGUGAGGGAGAAUACAACUGAAUAAUGAUGUUCUUUUUCAUCCAUUUCCUAAGAGCCAACUUCGGGAUUUUAUUCCUAAGGUUCCCCUGCUAGGAAUUUUCUCACUCUUUCUAGCACAAUCUGUGAUGUUAAAUGAUGCUCUCAACUGUGGUCCACAGUUUUAAAUAAAUGAAAUCAAGGUGGAUUUUUGGAGUACUUCCUGAAGUUAAUAUCUUGAUGUCUUUCUUGUUGUCAGAGAUGACAUUUGACAUUUUAAAAUCUGUGUGCUACCCACCUGGGCUUGUCUCAGUCUGUGAAGACUUUCGGUGUGGCAGUUGCAUCGGAAUUCCACACAUCAGAUUUGCUUUGGAAAUGUUGUACUGUACAGGGACUAUGCAUUAAGCAGAAACAUAUAGUUUUCUCUGAACUACUGUAACCUUAAAUUGGAGACUGAUUAUUGUGAGCCUACUUUCCCUAGUCCCCCGCUUCAUGUAAUUGUCUUGAUGAGAGAAGGUGGAUGAGUAUUUUGUGUGAUGAAAUCAAACCAUUUAGGAAUGCCCCUCCCACCUAUUACACAGUGGAUGCCUGGAAGAAUGUUGCCGGAAGAACUCAACACCCUACCUGUAUUUUUUAAGUUUCUUUUGUGAAAGAUUUUUUAAUGCAUUUUUACUGUAAAAAUACAUGGAAAUGUAUGCAUUCCA